UUCUUUUUUUUUUUUUUUUUUUGUAAUUUCAAUUCCCUUUUUUUUUUUUGCUACACUUUUACUUCGCUACUAAUCACUUUUUUAUAUAUAAAUACUCUCCUAAAAAAAAAAAUCACACUGUAAAAAAGUGUGUGUAGAUUUUAUGAGGGGGGGGAAAAAUAGUUUAUAGUCUCCUGAUGAUAAUAAGGAAUAUUCUACUAGAGGUUUUAUUAAGUCUUACUAAAAAAGCUCUACUAAACAUAAAAUCUUAAGAGAGGCCUCUUUAAUCCUAGUUUCUUGCAUACAAGAGUGAAGAUAAAAUAUGUAUAUUGGUAACAUUAAGAGGAAUAGCAAUAUCUACAGUGCUCUCUCUUUCAAAAUGCAGAACGAGGCCUUAGGUAAUUAUUAUUAUUUCAUAAUAAUAGUAGUAGUUCAUCCGAAUGGCCCUAAAAAUAUUAUUAUAUUGUUCAUACUCUUGGAGUAAUGUAUAUUAUUAUUAUCAUUGUUUUUUCGUCCUGAAAAGUGCAAGAAAUGCUGAUAAUAGCAAACCGUAGAGAUUUUAUGUGAUCAAGAUAAAAUUUGAUUUCACACCAAUCAGUGUAUUAUUAGUGUCUUGAUAAAUUUACUAUAAAUGGGAACAGCUUAA